CGCCAUGCAAGCGCUGAGCGCCCGACACGCGAUGCUCGGCGGGUCCCCCGGGAUCCGCACGUCGCCCACCGCCCGGUCCGCCCGCCGCGCGCGCCCCGUCGCCGUCGCCGCGCGCUCCGAUGCGGGAUCCAAUGUUCCCGGAGCGCUCUCCGUCGCCGACCUCGCGGCGCCGGUGCUCAAGUCCCACGGCAAGACAGUCGCCAACGAGAUCGCGCUCGUCUCCGCCAAGAGCGCCGCCGUCGUCGCGAAGGACCCCGCGAAGGCUCCCGCGCCCACCGUCGCGGGCCUCCCGGUGACCCACGUCGCGGGCGGCGCGCUGGCCGCCGCUGGCGCCGCGCUCGCGCUCAAGAACAUCUUCGAUCGCCCGAGCCGCGCGUACGUGUCGGGGCCCGAGGACGGCGGCCUCGGCACCGUCGGCGAGGAGUACGACGCGUGGACCGAGGAGGGCAUCCUUGAGUACUACUGGGGCGAACACAUCCACCUGGGAUGGUACAGCGACGAAGACAUGGCGAAAGGCGCCGGGACCCUGCUCGGCAGCAACGUCAAGAACUUCAUCGAGGCCAAGUUCGACUUCGUCGAUAAGAUGCUGGAAUGGAGCGAGUGCCCGCCGGAGCCCGCGCGGGUGCUGGACGUGGGCUGCGGCAUCGGCGGCACCUCGCGCCACCUCGCCAAGCGUCUCGGACCCAACUCCCAGGUCCAGGGCAUCACCCUAUCCCCGAACCAGGUCAAGCGCGCCACCGAGCUCGCCGCGGAGCAGGGCGUCCCCAACGCGAAAUUUCAGGUUAUGAACGCGCUCGCCAUGGACUUUCCCGACGAUACCUUCGACCUGGUGUGGGCGUGCGAGUCCGGCGAGCACAUGCCGGACAAGAAGAAGUACGUCGAGGAGAUGAUCCGAGUUUUGAAGCCCGGGGGUACCAUCGUCAUCGCCACCUGGUGCCAGCGCGAGACCCCGCCCGAGUUUACCGAUGUGGAGAAGGCGAACCUCAAGUUUCUGUACGAGGAGUGGGCGCACCCGUACUUUGUCUCCAUCGAGGAGUACGUUCGGCUGAUGGAGGGCACCGACAAGAUGGCGACGGUGGGCAGCGCCAACUGGGUGAAGAACACGAUCAGGAGCUGGAGGCACUCCAUCUGGGUCGGCGUCUGGGACCCGUGGCCCGUGGUGUUCAAGGGACCGAGGAUCUGGUACAAGACGAUUCGCGAGAUUGUGACGCUCGAGAGGAUGCACCGCGCGUUCGACUGCGAUCUCAUGACGUACGGCAUGAUGAAGGGGAAGAAGAAGCCCGCGGCGACGGUCAACGCGGCGUCGGAUACCGUCGCCGUCGGGAGCGAGAAAUGAGAGGGGGGGGAUCGAAUGCGACGUGUUGUCUUUGUCUGCCAAUGAAAAACCAUUCCGUGUGAUG